CCACAAACCCAAGCUCUCCGAUGGUCUCACGUUUACACAUGGACCCAAGAGUAAGAGAGGAAGCAGGUCAGCAUCAUCCAACAUCAGGACCCCUUGAUGAUGAUACAUCCUGCACCUCAUGCAAAGAGCUUGGGGCAAAGAACCUUCAGGUUACAUCAGACUUGGGGCAACUAAGGAAGAAAUUGCUUUACCAGCACAGAUGGGCAAAAAGGGCAAAAAAGGCAAUCAAACGACUGGAGGAGGACUCCAAAAGGGAUCCACAUGCCCGGUUCCUGGUGUGGACGAGGAUGUCCUGGUGGGGUCUGGAUCUACCUCUCCUGAUGAAGAACCACAGCACAUCACCAGACCUAAAUCAAAGCAGGAAAGCCGGAACAUCCAAUGUUUGGUGAAGGCGUACCCAAAAUUCCCACUAAGCAUAUUGGAAUACAUCGCGGAAUAUUGGCAGCACCUCAAAGGCUCCCAUGGUCUGAGGAAAAGAAUCGAAAAUCAAAGAUCCAAAGUGGGUAGAAUCAUGGCUUUCCUUUCGUUUAUAACCGAGGGCCAGACAAUCCUCCAGAAUUGGACUUUCCUUCCCAAUAUGUCCAGGAUAUACCAGUGGCCAGAGCAUCUGCAGAAUGGUGGAAAAGCGGAGAACACAGUGAAGACCUACCUGGUGAAUUUGUCCCAGUUCCUGGGCUACUUUAGGGACACUCCUCCAACUUUUUCCAGGGUUCCAAAAAGAGAAGUGUUUGCCGUGAUUCGUGCUAUCUCAGAGUGUAUUGCAAGCCUGGGUCCACGUGUUGUCAUGCGUCAGAUACGUGUAAAGAAAAAUAAGUUGAGCAGAACCAUCUCCAAGGACCAACUUCGCCUCUGCAAAGUCCUGGCCAGGAGACGCAUCCCUGAACUUCUUGAUGAACUGUCUGAGGACCCCAACCCGGAGGCGCACAGGAGAUUUUUCGGGUACCUCAGUGUUUACCUAGCAAGCCUCUAUGGACACUGCACCGGUGUUCUAAAGAAUAUGACUGUCUCCGAGGUUGAUGAAGCCCAGCAGGAAGCCACAGUCGGGCAAGCGGGCUUUGUGAUCAAUGUGAAGGAACACAAAACCAACCGUGCGUUUGGCCCCGCACAGCUCUACUUAACUGUAGAGGAAUUCUCAUGGGUGGAGCAGUGGAUGAUCAUCAGACAGAAACUAAACCCACCCACAGACCUUCUUCUCUUCACCGAAAACUUCACAAAGAUCGAGAAACUCAUCGUGCCGAUGCAAGCCGCCUGGCUUGACAUGGGUUUUCCUGGGCGUCCCACAUUCACAGACUUCCGAACAUCAAUAGCCACAUACACAGAUCUGCAAACGUGGCCUGCCAUAGGAGGGCCUCCGUCGGCCCCGGUGCACGUCACCGGCGCUACGGCGGUUGGUUCCUCCAACCUGCAGGCUCGACUCCAGACCCCAGCGGAGGUUGCGCACGACUGUGCUUAUUUCCCUGUAUUGGGCCGCACGCUUGGAAGCGAGACCGAGAUGCACCGUCUGACCCAGCGGUCCCGCACCAAGCCUCCGCCGCCGGGCGCACGUCCCCCGGUUCUGGCCUCCUGGCCCGCGCUGGCGGUGCGCUUGGGAAACACACCUUUCUCUCACCCUCCGGUCGAGCCCCCGUGCGGCUGUCCGCCCGCAAGCCAAUCGACUAGGGCUCGGGGCGCCACCGGGCUACGGAGGACCAGCGCCUCCGCCCGGUGCCCGCGCCCUCCCCUUGCUCUGCCUACGGGCCUGGCGCGUGCCGGGUUCAGGAGGGCUACCUGGUUGAUCCUGCCAGUAGCAUAUGCUUGUCUCAAAGAUUAA